AGUGCUAAGGAGGGCUCAUUUUUGCCACGUCGGUCUCUGCGCUGAGUGGACUCAACUGGUGCACUGCAGAUGCUUUAAACUUAACUUUAUAACUCAAUGUUUAGCAUUUUUAGAACCCAGGGCACGACAUUGCAUGUGUUUUUGUUAAAACACAAUUUCAGUCUGCUCCAAGAUACCUGAGGGUCAUUUUCCAAAAGAUACAAAUGUUCCUCUCUAACUUGAUUUUGUAGUUAAUCCACUGAUGUCUUUUAGUCUACACUACCAGCUCCUGGCGUUAAUUGUCACUUGUUUGCUCUGUGUUAGGCCAAAUUGUGAAAACGUGAUUGGGAACUGCUGGGCUUGUACUAGUUACCGUGGAUACCGGCCAUGCCCGGAGGGCGCAGGGGUCCGAGCAGACAGCAGCUGAGUCGUUCAGCUCUGCCCUCUCUGCAGACGCUGGUGGGAGGAGGCCUCAGCAACGGCACUGGCCUGCGGAAUAGGUGUAGUAACUCAGUGGGACUCUCAGCUCCACCAUUGACAGCCCUGAUCUCCCCGGAGCCUGUUCGUCACUCGCGUAUCCCAGACCUCCCCUUGGACAGCAGUUUACUGUUUGAGUUCUUGCUCUUUCUCUACCUGUUGGUGGCUCUAUUUGUGCAGUACAUCAACAUCUACAGAACUGUGUGGUGGUAUCCCUACAGCCAGCCUGCUGCUUCUACCUCACUGAACUUCCACUUAAUGGAUUACCAUUUGGCUGUCUUCAUCACAGUUAUGCUAGCCAGGAGACUGGUGUGGACUAUCAUCUCAGAGGCUUCUCAGACCAGCCCCUGUUCUCUGGUCCGGUAUGUGUUGGUCAUCGCCGCUCGUCUCAGCCUGCUGACCCUCUGUGGCUGGGUGCUGUGCUGGACCCUAGUAAACCUGUUCAAGAACCACUCGGUGCUCAACCUGCUUUUCCUGGGCUAUCCGUUCGGUGUGUACGUUCCACUGUGUUGCUUCCACCAGGAAAGCCGGGGAGGUGGUGUGGCAUCUCCAGCUGACUGCAGCCUCUCUGAAAGGGAAAGUGUUGAGUUUGGGGCCCUGCUCAGGCCAAGAGACUUCAUGUCACUCCUGCGGGAGAACCUGCGUGAGCAGUUUAGUAGCCCUGCCCCUGUACCCACCCACAGUUGCCCACACUCCCCUGAGCUCAUCCGCACCGAGGUAGAAGAGCUGAAGACCAACUUCAACCGCCGCAUCAAGGAGGUGCUCUUCAACUCGCUCUUCAGUGCCUACUAUGUGGCCUUCCUGCCCCUCUGCUUUGUCAAAAGUACCCAGUACUAUGACAUGCGCUGGUCAUGUGAGCACCUCAUCAUGGUGUGGAUCAAUGCCUUUGUGAUGCUGAUGAGUCAGCUGUUACCACCUAGUUACUGUGACCUGCUGCAUCGUUCGGCUGCACACCUGGGCCGAUGGCAGCGUCUAGAGCACGGCUCCUACAGCAACGCUCCUCAACACCUGUGAGUUCUGCACCUCUCGCACAUCCACAUUCUAUCCCUUUGUCUUUGUACCUUCAUUUAAUGGAAUCUACACUCUUUUGGCGGGAUCCAACAUCCCCUGACAUGGGUCUUUUCAAUGUCUCCAUUUGGCUAGCUUUCUAUGCCAGCAAACUGAUCCAACAUCCCCUGACAUGGGUCUUUUCAAUGUCUCCAUUUGGCUAGCUUUCUAUGCCAGCAAACUGUGAAAUGACUGGUACGGUGCAGAGACGUUUGCAGAGCAUGAGCUUUAUAUUACAGGAUAAUGACCGGUGACACCUCAAACGCCAUUAUCUUGCUUUAUGAUUAAGGAUAAUGACCGGUGACACCUCAAACGCCAUUAUUGUGCUUAUAGCUGUGUGUCCAUUUGUAUUCACAUUUGACUACGAAAUUUUGACAGAAAUUAAUUGAAAAAAAAACUGAAAAAUAAUAACUGAAUGCUAAACUAGAUGGUCUUAUUUAGUGCCCACAAGUCUGUUCAUGAUGUAAUUCAUCGAUGCUAGUGUGUAGAUAGAGCCAUUAUAGUUGGUAGAUCUCCACGGUUGAGGGAGGCCCUCUUCCAGAGACAGUGGAGCUCACUCCAGGACCAGAAGGAGGGUGGAGGGAGGGGAGCACACAACUGCGCACCAGCCGUAGACCUCCCAUUCUAGAGGAAUUGCCAACCAUAUCAUUUGGGUAUAGAAGGCAAAAGUGCAAAAUCUGUUAAAAUGUAGUGAACUGAAACAGCUCUCAAAAUCCAUACAAAUUGCCUGAUGAGAUUAGAGGGUCAAGGUGUCAAGGCCACAUUCAUUAUACGUUAUCUUAAAUGCAUGUUGAUGGUUGUUAGGCCUUUAGUGGCUAUUGUAAGCACACUAUAAGCACACAAUCAGGCAUCAAACGAACAAAUGAUCAAACUUUGUGUGCAACUGACAGUUACAAGCGGCGUGCACUUGUAGAUGAGCUGAUGAAACGUUGUAUGUAAUAAUGAGGCAGUUUAGCAUAACAAUUGGGAUUUAUUAAGGCCGUCACACAUGGCAAGCAACGGUGAUGGACAUGCAAGAAUCUAAAGCCCAAUUUAUGGUUGUCCGUUUACAGAGAGCCCUCUCCGACAUUGCAAACCCUCUCCGACAUUGCAAACCCUCUCCGAGCAUCUCUCUGUGGCCUGAUGUGCACCUCCCAAAUUUUUUAACUAUCCGACUCCGUCAAUCCGUCAGUACAUCGCUGCUUACCUUGUGGGUAGUAGUAUUCCAGCACUAAAUAGCUGGCUCAGACACCUCACAAAUCCCUUCAGAGA